AUCUAAACUCUGAAGUUCAAGCGCAAACUAUUGGUGAUAAGAUUCCUUUUUUGAUGGAUGUGAGGAUGAUUGGUUUUCAACCCGUGAAGUGUCUUCUAGUUGAUUAGUGAGCAAUCAAAGUUCACACAGACAUACAAUGCAAGAGACCUGCCAAGAUUUUACAUAUUAAAAUCAAAACAUACUCGCAACGAGGUUCAAGACACUACCUGAACGGUGAUACAUGUGAUUUGGAUACCGCUUUAGGUGGAUGAUAUCGCAUCGUGACCUUCAAAAUAGACUGGAUUAAAAAAAUAUAUAUAUAGCUGAAAGAACAUUUUUCAUUUUUGAUCGAGAGUAAAUUCGAGCAUCGACCAGCAUGUGCCAGCCGACCUUGACCAAGGUAGCCGUCACCGGUACCGUGGGCGCCAUCUUCCUCAUCCUAGGCUGCGUACUCAUACCCAUAGGAAACGACCUCAUUGCGUACUUCGUCGAAGAGGAUGUGGCAAUUCAGCCUGGUACUACAGCCUAUGAGUCUUGGUUGAGACCUCCUACACCGGUCUACAUGCAAUUCUGGGUAUGGGAUCUCACUAACCCUGAAGAAUUCCUUUCCGGAGGUGUACCUCACAUGGAACAGAUGGGACCAUACACUUACGAAGAGCUUCGAGAUAAGGACAACAUCACCUUCAAUCCAAACUCCACAGUCUCCUUCAGCCCAAAGACUACCUAUAUUUUCAGACGAGAAUUAUCCGCUGGACCUGAUACAGACACUUUCAGGACAGUCAAUCUUCCAGCUAUUACAUUAGCUAACCUGUUUAGGGUUGACCCUAGACUACAGGCCCUUCAGUACCUCCUGAACGAGCUUUCAGGGGCUACUACGGUGAUUGAGAUACCUGUAGCGGGGAUGCUCUGGGGGUAUGAGGAUGCCUAUCUCAAGGCUCUGGAGCCGCGCCUUGGCAAUGUCAGCACUGAAUUUGGAAUCUUCAUGGGUACCAACGCGACAGGGGAAGCUAUAUGGACGGUGAACACGGGAAAGGCUGACAUCAGUCAGCUAGGUGAGGUCGAAGCUUACGAUGGAAUGACGUCACUCGAAUGGUGGUCCGAUGAAUACGCCAAUAUGAUCAAUGGAACAGAUGGAACCGCUUUCCGACCGUUCCUCACGCCAGAUGAUCAGCUCUAUGUCUUUGUAGAUGACCUUUGCAGAUCCGGGUUUCUCUCAUACGAUUAUUCGGGUAAAAUUCGAGGUGUUCCUGUCUCGCAUUUUUCGGUUCCGGCUCUACUCUAUGCCAACGUUUCUUACUAUCCGGAUAACCAAGGCUUCUGUACCCCAGCGGGUAACUCGCCCUGCGUACCAAACGGUCUCCUCAAUGUCUCAAACUGUCAAGCUGGCAACGCACCGAUCUACUUCUCAUCGCCACAUUUUCUCUUCGGCGACCCGUCACUCUUCGCUGCAGUCAGCGGAAUGAAUCCGGUCAGAUCAGAGCACGAAACCUCAUUCGACGUCGAAAUGUUGACUGGAAUUGCGUUUCAAGUGAUGAAUCGUCUUCAAGUAAACGUGAAAGUUGGUCCCAUGUUGCAAAUGGCAGAUGCUAGAAUGGUGAACGAAGCUUACUUUCCAAUUCUAUGGCUGAAUGAGUCUUCGACAAUCGACAAAUACAAUGCAGAUUUCUUCAUAUCAGACGUGUUGGUACCUCAGUACAUUCUUCUCGGCCUCAUCGUCGUCUUCAUAGCUGUCGGCGGCGGUCUCUUCGUCGGUGCCGCGCUGACGUUCGUCGUCGUCCAGUAUAAGAAGCAGAAAUAUAGAACAACUAAAUCAAGCACGAAGGAGGAUCUUAUGAAGUCAUAGUGCAACGUCGACAUCGAUACACCGACAUCAACCACGGCGUCGACAUAACGUGCCAUAUUCUGAAAACCAUGUCAUCUUUCAUAAUAAUGCACUGAUGUUAAUUAUCAUAACAAACUGAAUAAGAGCAUCGAUGGAUCCAGGUUUAUUCCUUAGGGACAUAAACAAGACCCCGCCUCCUUUUCUCUGUACUGUGUAAUAUAUUUUAAAAACUUCUCAUUUUCUUUGCUUCCCAUUAGUUUUCUUAUUCUCUUGCGUGAAUUCAUACAUCAUCACAGUAGACAGUAUUUUCUGUACAUAGGUAGAAUUUAGACAUUUUAUGAAAGAUCAGAACAAAGAUACAGUGAAGGUUAUUAUAAGAAAGGAAACGCGAUGGCUCAGUGGUAGAGCAGAGGUCUCGUACCCGGGAGGUCCCGGGUUCGAAACCAGGUCGAUGCGCUAGUGCCGUUUAGUACAGCUCUUUAUUCUGAGGAGUGGGUGAUGAAAGCUUAUAAUGCCCUUGCUGCCUUAGUUCAAAGCUGUUAGUGAUUUUGUAGUACCAAUCAUCUCUUGUUUUAGAUGUACAUGUAGUCAGUAUUUUUGCUCAUUGCUUGUAAAUGUUUUUUAAUGUUUUUUCUUUCUGCUUUACUGAGUAAAUUACUGGUGUCUCGUUUUUUUGUUGAUAAGUAACCGUGAUAUAGACUUAUAGCUCAUACCUCAUGUAAUGAUCAUGCAUGCCACAGACUUAUGUCACCUCCAUGAACAAAUUUGCAAAAUCACAAAGCUCGAACAACUUUAUGUCAAAUGCAAAAUCAAAAAAAGGAAAACAUUUCUGGUAAUUAUAAUUUUCAGUUCGAAAUUCCGUGGUCUAAAAAAAAAGGGAACAUUUAUAAUGCAGUGCAUGGGUGAUUUGGACCAGCAAAAUAAAGGUAGUUUGUAUUUCCUGUUUUA